CUGAUUCAGUUCUGAGACAGGGUGAGGAAGCUGGAAAUGCUUUUCCAGGGAGACUGUACUGAUGAGGCAGCCAUCAGUCAUCAAUCCAGAAGAAACAAAGAGUCUUUGAUUUAGUGUCAGCUACAAGGCCAUACUUGUUUAUGCUUCUUCAACUUCAUCUACCCAGACUACCAGAUGGAGUUCAUUGCCACUCAUUCUUCACCAACAGCAAGCAGAAGCAGGAACUGCUGAGAGAGAAAUGCUUGUGCAGAAGCAGAGGAGAAGAGAAGUUAGAAGAAAGUUCUAUGGUUUUUGUUGUUGUUUUUUAAACUAAGAGAUGACAAACCAUAUGCUCCAUGUAGUUCCAAAAAAGCUUCAGAAACAGAGCUUCUAAGGUUGCUGUCCACAUUAAUGAAGAACACGUUGAAACCUUUCAUGAAGAUCUCAUUUUUACACUGGACACAUUGGCUUCACCAAAUUUACCCAAGAUAGGUGAUGACCUAAAGAUCUACCAAGUGACUCGCUGACAUAUCACUUAGAAGGUCUGGCCUAUUACAACAAGUGGGACAAAGGAGAUAUGAAAGGAAGAAUACAUGAUUGUUAUCCUUCAAAAUGAACAGUCUUACUAAACUGACACUCCUUGUACACUUGUUGAAUUGACAGGAUUUGGAGCAUCUACAGAUAUGAAUUGCUAGGAACAUAUGCAUUCAACUUUAUUUUGAAAAAUUCUCUUGGCGGUGGAAGCACCACCUCAUUGAGAAGUGAUCCACGGUUUUCUCCUCUAUGCUGGGACUGUAAUGUGAUUCGGGAUCAUUUGUGAAAUGAACAGAAGUCACCACCGGCAAACGGGACCACUGGGGCAGAACGCUGACGGCAGGCCGGAGGUGAGAGCAAAGGCUGGGCCUCCGAGGAUAAUUAGAAGCCAGCCUCCUCCCCGCCUGGUCUCCGUGGCCCCCCUUCAUCUUCCAGGAUGAAGAACCCAAUGCUGGAGGCACUGUCCCUAUUGCUGGAGAAGCUGCUCCUCAUCUCCAACUUCAAGCUCUUCAGUUCCGGCGCCCAGAGCGAAAACAAGGCGAGGAACAGUUUCUAUGAGAUCAGCCGUUUCCUGCGCGGCGACGUGCUGGAGGUGCCGCGGACCCACCUGACCCACUACGGCAUCUACCUGGGCGACAACCGUGUCGCCCACAUGAUGCCCGACAUCCUCUUGGCCCUGACCGACGACAAGCGGCUCACCCAGAAGGUGGUCUCCAACAAGCGUCUCAUCCUGGGCGUCAUCGGCAGGGUGGCCAGCGUCCGCGUGGACACAGUGGAGGACUUCGCCUACGGAGCCGACAUCCUGGUCAAUCACCUGGACAAGUCCCUCAAGAGGAAGGCGCUGCUCAACGAAGAGGUGGCGCAGAGAGCGGAGAAGCUGCUGGGCUUGACUUCCUACAGCCUCCUGUGGAACAACUGUGAGCACUUCGUGACCUACUGCAGAUUCGGCACCCCGAUCAGCCCCCAGGCUGACAAGUUUUGUGAGAAUGUGAAGAUAAUUAUUCGUGAUCAGAGAAGUGUUCUUGCUUCAGCAAUCUUGGGAUUGGCGUCUAUAGUCUGUCUGGGCUUGGCAUCGUAUACUACCCUUCCUGCAAUUUUUAUUCCGUUCUUCUUAUGGAUGGCUGGCUGACUUCAUAUCCCCGUGUCAGUGUGUGUAUUCUGUGUGUAAAUAUGUUUAUAUUUAUAGAGCACAAAUCAGUAUAAGCAUCUUCAAGAAAAAUGUGACCUGUAACACUGUGUUCUGGAUAAAAAUGUGAUUAAGAAUCACGCAGAGUGCUUACUGUGUAAGCCCAAGAACAAAGGCUUUCUCAAUCUUCUCAGGCAGUUGCAUUUCAAAGCACUGUGCAAAUCUUGGAAACAUGGCAACUUGUAAUAGAGUUCAACAUUACAAGAGAACCAGCCCGUAAGGUGAUGGCCACAGGAGAUUAUUUGCGUGUUUGUUGUUUGUUUUUUUCCUCUUGUAAUCCUUGCUCUUCUCUUGUUAGACCUGAAUUUGAAGACUAUAAGACUCCUUGAUUGAAAUCACUAACUUUAUUAUAAAUGUAUUCUUUUUCAUUGAAAAACUUAUAUUAAACUAAAAGAAUUUCCCUCAUUCAGUUGAAAACAUGUUUGAUGAUUGGCAAAAAAAAAAUUCAUAGUCUUUUUUUUAAUGUAUUAUAUGCAAUUCCCAAUAAGUCAAGAAUAUUUUCAUUACUUGAAACCAUGUUGGCAAAGUUAGAGUUUAAUGAUAAAAUAACGACUGGAACUGUAGAAAUUUGUGUUUUCCUGCAGAAAAAGCUCCUAUAGCAUCAGUUGAACAAUUCAAUUUGACUUUACUCACUAGGAAGCCUGGCAUUCAAUUUUUUCUUUUCCUUUUAUGUGUCACUGGGGUUACUUUAAACCACUCUGAGAAGUAAAUGGAUAUAGGAUUGAAAUAAUUUGGGUAUUUGGAGUGUGUAUGUGUCAAUCAAACAUGCAGAUGUCCACAUAUACAUAGACGGAUGAGAGACCAAUUUUGUUCUUGAUUGCUUUAUUAUCCACCAGUGUGGUUACUUCUGCAUCUGCAGAAGUGAGUGUAAAAGUAACUUUAGUCUGUGUUCUCAUGUCUCUUUAGUCUGUGUUCUCAUGUCUAUGGUUUGCAUAUAUGUCAUUGGAUGGUUUACCUUUUUAAGCACUUACUAAUGUACUGUAUAAUUUUUAAAAGCCGUCAGAUUUGUCUGCUAACAGGUUUCUUCAUUUCAUUACAAAGUACAGUUUAUAUCCUUAAAAGAAGGAUACCACAAAGAAAUAACUAUUAGAAGUGGUUUUUGAGUGUCUUAGUAACGCCAGGCAUGUAAAAUUGGUUACACUGAGGCUGUGUUAAUAUCAGAGUUGAGAUGCAGUCCUGUUAAAGCAAGCGUUCAAGUACUUUUGCAGAAUUACCAAAUUGUAAAAACUAAGCCACAAGCUAGACUUGCAUUUCAAAUAUUAAAAUUUCUUUAUAAACUAUCAAGAAUCACAAAAUAAUGAGUCACAUGGUGAGCAUUAGGGGGAGAGUGGGGUCAGUCACUCAGUGAUCCAAUCAGAACAAAUUUAAUAGCAGAUUUUACAUUCUGUUGGAAUUUAACAUUCAGUUGGAGUUUAAUAAUAAUUAAACUUUGUUUAAUUUAAAUGUUUUAAAUAGUUAAAACAUGAAAUGGUAACACUACAGAAUAAAGUUUCUCUGGGCAUAUUCCAACCACUUAAAAUUAUUUUAAGUAUGUAUACACUAUAAGAACUCUAUUGUAUUAGUGGUUUUUCACUUACUGUUAUUACCCUUGGAGCAAGUGUUUAAAUAAAUUGAUCUUUUAAAAACACGA